AUGACUAACAAAUACGAGGGCAUAUCAUUUUGGGUGUACGUUCCUAAUAAGGGCGCUGCGAUAUUUUUCUUACUGGCGUUUCUCAUCUCGGCGCAGAUACAUCUUCGCUACAGGUGCUUCAAAAUAACAGGCCUAUUCGUCGUCGGCGGGUUUCUCUAUGUCAUUGGGUUCGCACUUCGAAUCAAUGGUGCGUUUGGUAACUACGAUCAGCUAGGUCCCUAUAUCGUGAGCGUCGCUCUCAUCUACGUUAGCCCGCCCCUAUUAUCAUUAGCCAACUACGACAUACUUGGCCGCAUCUUCUACUACGUCCCCUAUCUUUCGCCCAUGGAACCCGGGAGAGUUCUCUCUACAUUCGCCUUACUGUCUAUGGUCAUCGAAGGAAUUAACGGCAUCGCGGCAUCCUUCAUGGCUAACCCAAAAAGCAACCCUACAGUGGGCAGUGGCUUGAUGUGGUCGGCGUUAGUCCUCCAAAUUGUCAUCGUCAUAUCUUUCCUGAUCAUGGCUGGCUAUUUCCACCGGCGAUGCGCACAGGCCGGCAUCGCAGGCGCCCGAGGCAUUCAGAAUAAUCUUGUUACGCUAUACAUAAGCGUCGGGCUCAUAUUAAUACGCACUAUCUAUCGUGGCGUGGAACACUCCGUCAACGCUGUGGUUAGCACCGAGUGGCCAUUCUACGUCUUCGAGGCGAGCCUCAUGCUUAUCAAUAUGUUUAUGUGGAAUAUCCGGCAUCCGGCACCUUUCCUCCCUGCCGAUACCACGACGUAUCUUUCCCGCGAUGGCGUGACGGAGGUAAAAGGGCCUGAUCCGCCGAAAGACAUACGGCCCCUGAUCUUUAAGGUUCUGGAUCCAUGGCGAGUGACAGAUCUCUGUCGCGGGCGCCAGUCAAAGGGUGAGGCUUACUUGGAGAUCGAGUAAGGCUCUCAUAUUUCAUUGUAAACUGC